GUGUGUGCACUGCGUCUCCGCCGUCAAUGCAAACGAAGUAAGAAGCACCGAGAGUCAAAGCUAAAAUCCGCAUUCAAGACAAGAUGGCAGGGUUGCCCCGCAGGAUCAUUAAGGAAACACAGCGUUUGUUGGCAGAGCCGGUGCCAGGUAUAAAGGCAGAGCCAGAUGAGGGGAACGCUCGCUACUUCCACGUGGUCAUCGCCGGACCUCAGGACUCCCCCUUUGAGGGGGGAACUUUUAAACUUGAACUCUUUCUUCCUGAAGAAUAUCCCAUGGCAGCUCCGAAAGUACGCUUCAUGACCAAAAUAUAUCACCCUAAUGUAGACAAGCUGGGAAGAAUAUGUCUAGAUAUUUUGAAAGAUAAGUGGUCUCCAGCCUUGCAGAUCCGCACAGUGCUGCUAUCAAUCCAGGCAUUACUAAGUGCACCCAACCCUGAUGAUCCUCUAGCAAAUGAUGUCGCGGAGCAGUGGAAGUCUAACGAAGCUCAAGCCAUAGAGACAGCUCGAACAUGGACCAGGCUUUAUGCCGGGAACAAUAUUGAAGUCUAGAAAUGCUUGGGGGCACAAAAGAGAAAAAAAAAUGGAAGUCAAGAGUGAACAACUCCAUGUUCUGCCAAGACCUAUUCAUUUUCAUGUAAAGGACACAGUCUUAGGAAACAAAAAAAAAAUUAUGAUAAACUGAAAAGAAUAUAUUAACAAUUUGUGAUUUAAAUGCACAUUAGUACAAAAAAACAACAACACGUCUUUGUCCUGAUUCACUGCUGUUCUUGAUGCAUGGGCAGAUGAUCUACUCAUACGGCUUUCUUUUACAGUGGUUGGGGAGGUAGCCACAGACUUCUGCUAUGAAGCGUGCAUUAAAACUGACUGUCAUUUUGUCUCCCAUUGCAUUUUUUUGGGGGGGUGGGGCAACUUUUUACAUUUCUUUUAACCCUUUUUUUUCCUUCUCAUUGCUAUUUGUUAAUGAGGAGCAGCAGACUAGUCCCUGUUUUGAACACUUGUCAGACCUACCCUCUUAGAAAAAAACCUAGCAAAAAAGUAUAGGUCCUUUAAAACGAAAAAGAGACACAAGAUUGAAAUCACAUGCAAACUGCAAUUUCACCUAGGAAAUGGUUCAAAUGAAAAGUUUUCCCACCAUCACAGAAACUGUUGAAGAUGUAAACCUCUUAUGUAGAAUUAGUUCUGGACUAUGGGUAAGGUAGAGCCUAGAGAGAAGGGAGAUUUUGCAUAAUAAUGCUUUAGUAUAACAAUUCUGUUAUCAUAUUUGGUUUUUAGUGGUUUGUUUUACCUAUCUUGCCAUUGCUGUACUAAUUGCACUCUUGAAACUCCAUUACGUGCUUUUAUUCUUGUGUCCAUCACAGUCCAGUGCAUUGAGAUUCAUUGGUCUGUUUCUUCCCUUCAGCAUUUAUUUUGAAACGCCAAGGUUGCAGGGGACUGGAGAUGAAUCAAUGAUAAAUAGUAUGAUUUUAGUAAAGGGAUGAGGGGUGGGAAUGUUUGCAGAAACAUUGCAAAAGAUCAAUAAAUGCUUUGACUCAAUUUCCUCGAUUGGUCUUUGGUUAAAAUGUCAACUUCAAAUCUGUUUGUAAAUUCCUGCUUUCUAUAGAAAGGGGACACAAUUCUACUUUAUAAAAUGUGAUGACAACAGUCCACACACAUAUUUCUGUUCUUUCUGUAAAUAAAAUCUG